GUGCUCGCCAAACAAAGUUAUAAAAUUUAAUGACGUGCCAAAAAUGUUCAAAAAGAACAUGUGUGUAAUGCGUGGCUAAUCAGAGGCGGCCGCUCCAGGGCUCAACGAGCCAUUCAUUAUCAGUCAUUGCGGGAUGUUUUGCUGGAGUUAACAUUUUCGGGAUCAAGCAGUUUCAUUUCGGGGUUGGUGACCGUCAAAGUGGUCGGUGAGGGAUAAAGGACGUCAUAUUUUAUUAUGUCGGGGUGCCGUUGACAGGUGGGAGAAGUGGAGGGGAGGGGUGGCAGCCGGCGCGGCGCCCGCGCUCGCGUGGCCCUCUCGCUUGAGUCACGCGCGCCUCGUAAUGCUUGCAUAAUAAUAAUGACGGAUGCCGAUCGCGCGGCGGCGCCUUUGAUCUGCGCCGCGUUUGAUCUCGCCGCGGAGCCGGUCUCGCUGCCCCUGCGCACUGUGCACAAACGAGCCGCCGCUUGCCUUAGCUUUAUUCGGUCCGACGCCGCGCAGCGAGAAGUUCGGCCCUUCGCUCUAAAUAGAGGCUUUAUUUUGUAAACAGCGGGAGAGCUACUGUGCGCGGGCUAGCCUGUAGAGUAGUGCGCAGCGGCUUGCCGUGGAGCGCGCGCGUCAGUAUGGGGUGUGCUCCGCGCUUGCCUGCCCACGCUGCCCACCCUGCCCACUGUGCCCAGCCUCGGCGCGGGCGCUGCCAGUGAUGAGUGCGCGCUGCGGCGGACGCGGCCGCGCCUGCCUGCCUCGCUUCCUCUGGAUCACAUGGAUACUCUGUGAGGCUCUAACCACGUGUAUUGUGGCCACCGCCCCGUCGGACAGUCUGCGGCUGACGUGGCUCUCCAAUUCGUCGCUCGUCUGCAACGAUGCUUCCCCGGCCGGGUAUUAUAUCCGGCGCGGCAGCAACAGCGAACACUGGGUCGUGUAUCUCGAGGGUGGCGGCUACUGCUGGGACGCGGCGUCGUGCGGCGCGCGCUGGCGCCGGCGCCCCGGCCUCAUGUCCUCGACGCGCUGGCCGCGCGCACGCCGUGCCCCGGCCCUGCUGUCCUCCGACCCUGCCGCGAACCCGCUGUGGCACGCCUCCAACCACGUGCUCCUACCCUACUGCUCCAGUGACAUGUGGGCCGGAACACGAACGGCACGCAAUGGUAGCUUUGCCUUUGCCGGCCGACUCAUCGUCCGCGCAGUUCUCGCUCAGCUUCUCCACGUCGGCCUCUCGGGACGACUCCUCCUCGUCGGCUCUAGUGCGGGCGGCGCGGGUGUCCUGUUCCACGCUGACGCUGCCAGGAGAAUGCUCCGACCCUACGGUAUUAGAGUCGCCGCGGUCGCGGACUCCGGAUGGUUCCUGGACCGGCCGGCUAGAACUCGACGCGCCUCUUCAGCGGAUACUGUCGCCCGUCUUGGCCACUCAUUAUGGCGCGGCUCACCUCCGAGCUCCUGCGUACGAGAACACCCGCAGAAACCGUGGCUCUGCUACUUUGGCUACCUGCUGUACCCUCACAUUCGCACGCCGCUGUUCGUGUUCCAAUAUCUUUUCGACUCUGCGCAGCUGGCGGCGGAGGGCGUGCGCGCCCCGCGAACUCGGGCCCAGUGGGACGCCGUGCACGAUACCGGUUCAGCUAUUCGGGACAGUUUGAAGCGGGUUCGCGCUACUUUUGCUCCGGCUUGUCUCGCUCACGGAGCGUUAGCGCGCCCGGAGUGGCUGGCCAUAAACGUGUCUGGAAUAACAUUGCCGCGUGCACUGGGAUGUUGGGAGCGUCGACUGUGGGGUGGUGGCGGAGUGGCGAGGCGCAAAGGCGGCUGCGCGCCACGACGACUGAUCGAGCGGUGCUCGUGGCCGCAGUGCAACGGUUCGUGUCCGCGGCUGCGCGACCCGCGCACGGGCGAGGAGGUGGCGCUGUCGGCGCUGCUUCAGAGCUUCGGGCUGGAUGUGCGCGGCGCCGCAGCCGCCAUGGGGCUCGACGCGCGCACUCUUACGCGCAUGAGCCACAGUGAGCUCCUAUCCCUUCUGGCUUCGCACACUUGAUGCCGAAAAAGAGACUGUUUGUGCUUAAGCACGAUUUAUCUACCUCGUUUUUGUUGUACAAGUACAAUAUUAAUUUUUAAUAUUUAUUGUUUGCUGAUACUAUUGUAUCUUAUUUAAGUAAAAAGUGACAAGUAA